AUGCACGAGAAGAUGAAUGGAGAGAAGAAGGCAAUCACCUCUUCGAUCGGAUGUUUGAUCCUCAUUCUCGUUGUUUCGGGUUAUCUGCCACGUUGUGUUCGUUGUCAAGACGACCCCGAUGAUCCUCCUGCGAACAAUAAACGACCUAGAAUUGCCCCAUUGUUUUCAAAUUUCCUUUCUCAACAAUUCAACAAGUCGAUUAGGAGAUACAAAACUUCAAUUCAAAGAACCCUACACUAUUGCACUGAAGAUGUGGACAAAGACAUAAACGGAGCUUUCAACUUCGAAGGCAAAGACCAAUUCUUCACAAAUUGUCAAGUGAAGUUCAAAGAUCUUGCAAAGAGAUUAUGUACAGCAGCUGAACUUAGAGUAUACUUCACAAGUUUUAUAAAAGAAGUCGAUGAUUCCACAAAAAGCAUUUCACAAGCUCAUUUCUUGGACCCUAACAGAAACUGUAAUCUGACAUCAUGGACAAGAGGAUGUGAGGCAGGAUGGGCUAGCGCUGUAAAUCCAGGCCAGAAAUAUGAAUUCAAUGAGACAGAUCCACGUAAAAUCCCUUUCAGAACAGAUAACAGUCAACCAUGUUGUGAAGGGUUUUUCUGUCCUCAAGGUCUCACUUGCAUGAUUCCAUGCCCUUUGGGUGCAUAUUGUCCUGUUGCAAAGCUGAAUAAAAAAAGUGGAAUUUGUGAUCCAUACCACUACCAACAACCUGCAGGAAAGCCAAAUUACACUUGUGGAGCGGCUGAUAUGUGGGGUCCUGUACAGAUGGGUAGUGACAUUUUUUGUGCGCCAGGGCAUUAUUGUCCAACCACAAUUAAGGAAAUCCCUUGCCCCAAAGGGCGUUACUGCAGGAUGGGCUCUGUCAAAAGCAAGCUUUGUUUUGCUGGAUCAAGGUGUGAGAAAGAGACAAACAUUCCAAGCAUGAAGGCUUUCGGAAUCAUGCUCAUUGUUUUGUUGACGGCUAUACUAAUUAUCGUGUAUAAUUGCUCAGACCAACUCAUGUCAACUCGCUACAAAAAACAGGCCAAAUCCCGAGAAGCAGCAGCAAAACACGUUCGAGAAACAGUUCAAGCGAGAGAAAGAUGGCAAGCUGCAAAAGAAAUGGCCAAAUCCUCAGACUUAUUAGGGUUACAACAACAGCUCUCGAAAACCAUUUCAAGAAGAACAAGUGCAAGACACGAUUCAAAACCAAAAAUCCCCAAUCCCUUUUCAAUCGGAAGUAAAAAGGAAACAUCGAAACUCAACGAAAUGUUGGAGUCGAUGGACGAUGGAUCCAGCAACAACAAUGACGACAACAGUUGGUUCAGUUUGGAAGAUGUCACGAAGAAAAAGGGGAAAACGAAGAAAGAUCUUCACACGAAAAGCAAAAUAUAUAAAUACGCGUAUGGUCAAAUCGAGAAGGAGAAACAAAUGGAGGAGAUGAAUAAGAACAUGACGUUUUCGGGAUUGCUUUCGAUGGCACAACGAAAAGGUGAUGAUAUUAGGAAAAGACCUCGGAUUGAGAUUGCUUUCCAGGAGUUGACUUUGACUCUGAAAGGGAAACAGAGAUAUAUUAUGCGAUCUGUUAGUGGCAAAAUUAUGCCGGGGAGAAUAUCUGCAGUCAUGGGUCCUUCCGGCGCCGGAAAAACCACCUUCCUCUCUGCUCUCACCGGAAAGAUAACUGGAUGCACCAUGUCGGGGAUGAUUCUGGUCAACGGAAAAAACGAAUCCAUUCAUUCUUACAAGAAAAUCGUCGGUUUUGUCCCCCAAGAUGACAUCGUUCAUGGCGAUUUGACAGUGGAAGAGAAUCUCCGAUUCAGUGCUCGCUGUAGACUAUCCGCUGACUUGCCAAAACACGAUAAAGUUCUUAUAAUCGAAAGAGUAAUUGAGUCAUUAGGACUCCAGGGAAUACGCAAUUCCACAGUUGGAACAGUGGAAAAGAGAGGGAUUUCCGGAGGCCAAAAGAAACGAGUAAACGUCGGAUUGGAAAUGGUGAUGGAACCCUCGUUGUUGAUAUUAGACGAACCGACGUCAGGUCUCGAUAGUUCAUCUUCCAGUUUGCUUCUUAGAGCUCUUCGUCGUGAAGCUCUUGAAGGUGUUAACAUCAGCAUGGUCGUUCACCAACCAAGUUACUCGUUGUACAAGAUGUUUGACGACUUGAUACUUCUGGCGAAAGGCGGAAUUACAGUCUACCAUGGACCUGUGAAAAAGGUGGAAGAGUAUUUCGCAGGGUUAGGGAUUACGAUACCAGAGCGUGUAAAUACACCGGAUUAUUUAAUCGAUAUUCUCGAAGGUAUGAUAAAGCCAGACGGCGGCGUGACAGCUCAGCAACUUCCGGUAAGAUGGAUGCUUCAUAACGGAUACAGAGUACCCCCUGAUAUGUUACAUCUCUGCGAUCAGAGUUCUUCUUCUUCACCUUCACCUUCAAAUCCCGAAGCCAAAACCAGUGAAAUCCAACGAGAUGUUCCAACGUAUAGUUUCUUCAGAACUCCAGAUUUAUCCGGCAGAGUAACUCCCGGAGUUUUAACGCAGUAUAAGUAUUACCUCGAAAGGGUUUUCCGGCAACGAUUACGUGAGGGAAGAGUACAAGCUGCAGAUUAUCUGAUUCUUUUAUUGGCGGGAACAUGCUUAGGAACAAUGGCGAAAGUGACAGACGACACAUUUGGGGCUACUGGUUAUCAGUACACAGUCAUUGCUGUAUCACUGUUAUGCAUGAUUGGAGCUUUGAGAACGUUUUCACUGGAUAAACUACAGUAUAAAAGGGAAAGCUCUAGUGGGAUGAACAGUUUAUCGUAUUUUCUAUCAAAAGAUACAAUGGACCAUAUAAAUACAGUGAUGAAGCCUUUAGUUUAUCUUUGUUUAUUCUAUUUCUUCAACUAUCCAAGAUCAAGCUUCGGGUCAAAUUAUAUAGUUUUGGUCUGCCUUGUUUAUUGUGUAACCGGCAUAGCCUAUACACUCGCCAUCUCCCUCCAGUUUAGUCAAGCCCAAUUGUGGUCUGUACUUUUUCCUGUUGUUCUAACCCUAAUCGCGAAUCAGAGCAAAAAUUCUGCUGUUUCGGUUAUAACACCAUUUGUGUUUCCAAAAUGGGCUUUGGAAGCUUUUAUUAUUGCAAAUGCAAAAGAGUACAAUGGUGUGUGGUUGAUGACACGAUGUGCUGCAUUGAAGCAUUAUGAUUAUGAUAUUCAUAACUCGAACAAAUGUUUAUGUUUACUUAUUGCUACUGGUUUAGGUACACGUAUUAUAGCUUUCACUUGUUUGCUUACUAGACAGAGAUAG